UCAUCAUUAUUGUUUAUGAAUUAUUGAAGUAGAGUUAUUGGUCUUCGCUUCUUGGCUUACUAUUUUCUCAUCAAGACAAUCAAAAUUAUUGGUGUUCUGCUUUCUCUUGUUCAUUCACCAAAGCAAUGAGUUUGGUUUUGGUUUCUUUCUGAAAGUUUGAGCAAAGAUGGGAGGCUGUCUAUCAAUAUUACCAUGGGGUCAAGCGGUAGAUAUAUCCUGCAACUGCUUACUUGGGGAUGGAAAUUACAUUCAUAUGAUGAAGGAUAAUCUUGAGGCUCUGGAGGGAGCUAUUCAAGAACUUCAACGUAAGCGAGAUGACCUGUUAAGAAAUGUCUCCAUAGAAGAAGAUAAAGGUUUGGAGCGGCUUGCUCAAGUAGAAGGAUGGUUGUCAAGUGUAGAAAGUCUUGACUCUCAGGUCAGUAUUCUGCUUGAGCAUAAACCAAUUGAAAUCAAUAGAUUGUGUCUUUUUGGAUAUUUUUCCGAAAAUUGCAUAUCAAGCUAUGAGUAUGACAAAGAGGUAUCGAAGAAGUUGGAAGAAGUUACAAAGCUUAUAUCUAAAGGAGAUUUUAAAGAUGUGGCCGGAAAAAGACCUUUACCAAAGGUGGAGAAGAAGAAACGUAUCCAAACAACAGUAGGUUUGGAUUCAAUGGUUGGAAAGGCAUGGGACAGCAUCAUGAAAACUGAACGAAGAACGUUAGGUAUAUAUGGCAUGGGGGGAGUGGGAAAAACAACCCUCUUAGCUACUAUCAAAAACAAAUUCAAGGAUGAAUUUGAUGUUGUGAUAUGGGUUGUGGUCUCUAAAGAUUUGCAAUACAAGGGCAUUCAGGAUCAGAUUCUAAGAAGAUUACGCGUUGACAAGGAAUGGGAAAAUCAAACAGAGGAGGAGAAAGCAUUUUCCAUAGACGAUAUCCUAGGAAGAAAGAAAUUUGUUCUGCGGUUAGAUGAUCUGUGGAGCGAGGUAGAUUUGGACAAGAUUGGAGUUCCACAUCCAACUCAAGAAAAUGAAUCGAAGAUAGUUUUCACCACUCGUUCAAAGGAAGUUUUCAGAUACAUGAGAGCUGAUGAUGAACUGAAAAUGGAUUGUUUGUCAACGAGUGAAUCGUGGUAACUGUUUAAAAACAUAGUUGGAGAAGUCCCGUUAAAGCGGCAUCAGGAUAUUCCCUCACUUGCAAAACAAAUUUGUGAAAAAUGUUAUGGAUUGCCACUUGCACUCAAUGUGAUUGGCAAAGCCAUGUCAUGUAAAGAGGAUGUACACGAAUGGCAUCACGCAGAUAAGGUUCUUAAUACGUCUAGUCACCAGUUUCCAGGUAUGGAAGAAAAUAUUCUUUCGAUUUUGAAGUUCAGCUAUGAUGGUUUAGAGGAUGAAAAGGUGAAAUCAUGCUUCCUGUAUUGUUCUUUGUUCCCGGAAGAUUAUGAAAUAAAGAAGGAGGAGUUGAUAGAGUAUUGGAUCAGCGAAGGAUUUAUAAAGGGAGAGAGAGAUGAAGAUGGAAGUAACAACGAAGGUUAUGAUAUAAUUGGUUCGUUAGUUCGUGCGCAUCUAUUGAUGGAGUGCGAAACUAAAUACUCUUUUUUCCAAAUUGGAUUCACACCUGCGGUGAAAAUGCAUGAUGUGUUACGUGAAAUGGCUCUUUGGAUAGGAAAAGAGGAAGAAAAACAGUGCGUCAAUUCCGGUGGGAAGCUAAGCUGUAUACCAGAUGACAUCAACUGGUCAGUUUUGAGAAGAUCUCAUUGAUGAGUAAUAAAAUUGAAGAGAUAUCUUGCUGUCCCAAAUGCCCCAAACUCUCGACUCUGUUUCUCGGGGAUAACGAUUUGAAGGUAAAUUCUUUCAGUUUAUUGUAAGCUCAAGAUUGUGAGCGUGUUCGAGCUGAGCUAAGAGUGUGUUACACAGUGCGGUGAUUGUGUAACACAGUAUGGCGAGUUUGUUACGAGUGAUGACGUGUCACAAACUUAUGGAAAUAGAAGAUAUUGCUUGGACGUGAAGCAAAGAAGAUCUUCUAGUUUGCAAGAUUUUAGGAAAUAGAAUAUUUCUUUAUCGUAUCUAUUUAAUGAGAUAAUCUAAGAGAGUUUUAGGUUAAGCAUUAAGAGAGAGAAAGCUAGAACAAGAGGUUUGUUCUUGUCGGCUACAGAGAUCAAGUAACAAGUGUUUAGCUUGGCUCUCUGUGAUUUAGAGAUUAGAAACUGGUCUGUCGCUAGUCGUGUGCGACUGAGCAUAAAUCAGAUUAAACAUAUCUAGGGGAUUGUUUAAAAGGUUUCUAAUUUACAAGAAAGUGUUCUUGAAA